AUGGGUGGCGAACAAGUAUGUAUGAUUCGAAAACCAGGCAUUACUACCACAAUGAAGAGCAUGAUCUCUUAUGGAGAUUCUAACGCUAAAUUUCUUGAAACAGUCGGAUGGGGAAUUGAUAGCGAAAAUCAGCCAAUUCUAGACAAAUCUAGUCACAUAUUCAGUGGAAAACUACCGCUAAAAUAUUUAAUGGGGUUCGCUGAGGAUUAUAAUAAAGGUAUAUUGAAUGUGAAACAGGAGCUGAUACUCAUCAUAGCUCGAUCAUUCAAAAACUGCUAUAUAGGAGAAGUUGAUGCCAGUGUGGAGAUUAACAAAAUCGAAUGGAAGAUAGGACAUAUUAUGCCAUCGGAUAAGCAGAGGUUGAAAUUACUGAACCGUCUCAAUAAAAGUUCUACAGCAAAAGUGAAAAUUGCAUACAGGAUGUGGGAUCUGUAUGAAUUACCGUCAAUUCGUGAAACAUCUUCAGACAUUUGGGCUGUUAAAACCACCAAUAGUCUCGAGCGACCAAGGUACAUUAUCAUAGGCUUCCAAAAUUCUGGUAACACAGAUAAUAGAUCCAAGGAUACCACCCAAUUCAUUCAUGCGGGAGUCAACAAUAUUCGACUGUAUUUGAAUUCGGAAGUUUACCCUUAUGAACGGUGGAAUUUGGAUUUUGGAAAAAAGUUAGAUGCUGUAGCCUAUUAUGCAUACGAUAAUUUCCAACGAAGCUAUUAUGGUAAAGACAUGAGCGAACCAAUGAUGAGUAUUGAGGAGUUUAGAAAAAAUCCGUUAUUCAUCAUAGACUGCAGCCAUCAACCGGACACAUUGAAAUCUUCAACUGUCGAUAUCAAGUUGGAGUUUGAGACACGCCAAUCGAAAUUUCCAUCUAAUACCAAGGUUGAAUGUACACUAAUUGAAAUGUCUUCACAUCAAAAAAUCGACACCGUUUUGAAAUUGGAACUUCCACCUUCAGCAAGGAUAAAAAAGAAGAUCACAGACUUUUCCUUGUGUAUUUUGUGUCAAGAAAAGAAGAAUAUCCCAUUAGUGGCUCCUAAAUCGUAUGAUAAAGCAAUAGAGUGUAUUAAAAAGAGAGCGGAAUGGGACGAAAUGGAAUAUGUGAAUAUUCUAUGCCAGCUCAGCAGCAUGAGCAGUUUUUCUUCUGAAAGUCUUCAAAACAAGAAUGCUAAAUGGCAUUCUGACUGCUAUAAAAAAUGUACACACAAGGCAAACAUGGGAAGAAGUGAAAGAUUGUACCAGCAGCGACUACUUGAGCCAUUGCCUUCAACCUCUAACUGUGAAGAAAAAUCACGAAACUUUAUUUUAAGGUCAGAAUUACCAUUAUAUGAAAGGGACAAGUGUAUUUUCUGUGACAAAACGGGUUCCAAAAAGGAUCAGCUACGUAAAAUAGCAACUGAUUCAGCAGGAAUUCGUUUAAAAAAAGCCAUAGAAAUGUCACACAGGGAAGAUUUGAAGAUUCGCCUUAGUGAUUGUUCUGAUCCUUUAGACUGUCACGCACGAGAUAUUUCCUACCACAAGAUGUGCUGGAAUACACAUGUUGUUAAUAUAUUAAGACCAAAGCCAAGUGACCCAUUGACGUCAACUUGUUUUGAGGGAACAAACGUUGAGUUUGUAGCUUCCCUCAGGGAUUUUCUUCUCGAUGGCAAUGUGACGACAAUGGGUGAAAUUGAAAAUUUCUACCAGAGAAUCGCUUCCGACAAUGGCCUUCUGGCAGAACAAAGGUUGUCUAGGAAACAACUCAAGCUUUUCAUAGAGGAAGAACUAGAAUAUCUUGGCAUUGUAUUUAGUAAGCCAAAAAGGGUAAACGAGCCACAACGGAUAUCACUAAAAGUAUCAGCAGAUGUUGCGUUGGCAAUCACCGAAGAAGAAUACAAGGAUGCUGAGCACGAUAUGAAAAUUCUUCAUAAAGCAUCAAACAUUUUACGGAAGGCAGUUCUAAAGUGCGAGAAAUGGACCUUCACUGGUAGUUUUGAUGACGUUAAUGUAGAAGAAGUUGUUCCAGAAGAAUUUGUUUCUGAAACUAUCAGAGGUAGCAUUCCUAAGGGAUACAGGCCAAAAAACCCUGUGCUUAAUCGGGAAACAGCUACUACCGGGAGAAGUGUGACCGAUUUGUGGUCGUAUAAAAAUGAAGAUCUCAUUUGGAUGAUAGCACAUACUUCUUCAUUAUCACCCUAUGUAGAUUCGGACGUGAACGAAUAUCAAGACACAAAUUGUAUUCUUUCAAACCAAGAACAGGAGACACCAACGAAUAACUUGAAGUUUACGAAUGCAGUUCCGGUUUGGUCAGCCUUCAAUUCAAUAACAAGUGAAAAACCAAGGAAAGAAACGAGAAUAUGUGUACUGCCCCUCAUAGAUUCUAGUCCAACCAAAGUAGAAACACAGCUCAGUCUCAUGAAUAAGUUGGAAAAAGUAACGUCUAAUAUUACGCCCGGCAAAAAAACUGUUGUGACUUUGGAUUUAGGAUUGUACAGACCUAUAUUGAAGUUAUCUAUGGCGAAGAAAGAUAUAUCGAAAAACUGGAUUCUUAGGCCAGGAGAGCUACACAUAGUUAUGGCAAUGCUUCGCUGCAUUGGAAAAUUUAUAGACGGCACAGGUUUAGAAACUACGCUAACCGUACUGUAUGAUGAAACUGUUGUUUCUCAAAUUUUGUCUGGGAAGUGUGUACGAAGGGCAAUCAAUGCCCAUACAUCUUUAAGACUAGCACUUUUCAAGUGUGUCUUCGACGAGUUUGUGAAAGAUAACAGUGUUAUAGAAGAAAAUAUUGAGCCACAAUUGAACAAGUUACUAAAGGAUCUACAAGGAGAGGAUAUAGAGGCAAUCAAAACUACUCAUUUUGAAGUGAUGAAGGUGGUUUUCACAGAAAGUAUCCAGAACGACACAACGAGAAUGUCUGAGAAAGGACUUCAGAUGUACAGCAUUUUCAAACAAGAAAGGAUAGAAUCAGAUACAUCUAAUCUAUGGGCACCAAUGACAAAAGCAAAUCUUUAUUUGUGUAGUAAGGCCAACAAAGUUGUAUCGACGAAAGUUUCGGAUAGUGUAAUACAGUUGAAGGCAGAUCGUUCUCUUUUCACUAGAUUGCUAAUUGUUUCAAGAAGUCGACCAGACAUCGAUUUGCAGCAAUGUCUCAGUGAUUAUGAGUUUUCUGCUGUUCCCCGAUCAAUGUUUAAUUAA